UGUGAGGUCAGCUAUUUUUUUAGGCCGCCACGACGCGCGUUUGGCAGCAUCAGGAGCAGCAACGCCCUGGCGGAGAAGCCGCCGCCGUCGCAGAAGCCUUCAAAGUUGUCGCCGCCGCCAGUGCAGAAGCCUUCGAAGCUGUCGCCCCCGCCACUGCAGAAGCCUGUAAAGAUCUCGCCGCUGCCGCUGCAGAAGCCUUCGAAGCUGUCACCGCCGAAUCCGGUGAGGGCGACAAAGCCGUCUCGGCCUGUAGCAAAGCCUCUGAAGAAAGCCGCUCCGGGCUUGGAUCUGGAGGCGAAGGCCAAGAAGAGGAGCCAACGAGUGAGCUUCCAGGAUGCCGCACCUGUGGCCCCCGGAUGUGGAGAGGAGGCGAAAGCGUCCACUGUGCCCGAUGCGGCUGGGCACACGCCGAUGGCGGCUGUGAAAGCCGUGGAGAAGCCAGCGAAAAUUAUGGCUGCAGAGACCCCGUUCUUCAGUGCACAUAAUUGCAGCAGCUGCGCGCUUGACCAACUCGAGUUGGCAACGUACUGGCUGGCGCAGAUCCGUAUGGCCGAGUAUGUUGGGAAGCACUGGGUUGCUGCAGCAUUCUUUCGCCUUGCAUUUGAGUGCCAAGCUCAGCCAAUUCACAGGAUCCAAAGUGAGCUAAGGAAUUACGCGGUGCGCCAUGAGAGUGCUGGCACUUUGACCCAUUUGUUCGAUGAGCUCCUUACUGCCCAUGGCAUGCCGGUGAGCCAACCAAUCUUUGACACGGAUGGUUUUGAGAAGGUGGAUACACCUUUAGCAACAAAUGUGGUAGAAAAAAAGCUUGACACUGCCACUCUUAAAGUAGAUGAGUGCUUGGAAUGUGAUUGCGGUGAUGAUCUUGUUGAUGUGGGUGCUGUUAUUGUGGAUAAACAUGGCGAGGACGGCAUUGACCAACCAAGCUUUGAGAGGAAACUGAACGAAAGUUUUGAGUUUGAUGACUGUGAGGCCGUAAUUGUGGACCAGCCAGAGGAAGCAAGCGUUGAUCUACCAAAGAAUGUCGAGAUGAAAGUUUCUUGCAGCAGUGAAAUAGGCCGGUCAAUAUGCAGAUCCUCCACUGAAAAGUUGAGUUCAAUAGGAUCUAUAGCGGUAAUGGAUUCUUCUUCAGGGCAGCUAUCAUCGGAUAACCCUUUAGAUAAAUUAUCUCCCAGCAUGAGGAGUUCAUCUGCAAAGCGUUUAUCUUCUGGUAGCCCUUUUGACAAGAAGUCUCCGCUUUUGUUAAAGAGGCUAACAUCCAGUUGCCAUUCGUGUAAGAAGUCUGCUUCCACUAGAGACCUGUCUUCAAAGCGGGUGCCAUCUGGUAGCCGUUCCGAUGGGGAGCACAAUGCUAUUGAUGGAGCUGCUGAUCAUCAGAGCAGAGUUACACAAGACGUGGGAUCUGAGUGUCCUACUUUAGUUUAUCAGCUUGAGUUGAAAGGACCUGUGGAGGAUGCUAGCAAUAAUGAGAUCCAUUAGCAGCUGGAGCUGGAGUCAACACUCAACACAACCGCAAUAGGGCUGCUAUAUAAAGUUCGAUGUUACUAUGUUAGUUUGAUGGGCGUGUGCUUGUGCAUGCAGUCCAUUAUUAGUCUGGAGCUCCGAGCUUGCUUAGUUUGCUUCGGUCUGGUAGCAGAAUCAUAUGUGCGCUUGCUCCUGUGAAUGGUUUUCUUUAUCCAGUCCAAGAACGUGAUGUGUGAACAAAGGUCGUCAUGAUCAGAUGACCAUUGUGAGAUUGAUUAGUUUAUAGUUUGUAUGCUUGCUUAGCAUAACAGGGUUGUGGUCUCUCUGUUCGGUGUGGAAAAUCAAAUAAACGUUUGGGAAUAGACUUUGAUGU